AUGGGUGAUUCCGCGGGUGGCGGUUGCUACAUCCUCGGUGGUAUCGAGUGUAAAUCACAUGGGUUACCCCAACCCGCGGGGACUAUCCUCAUAUCUCCAUGGAUCGACAUGGCAACACACCCAAGAGAAGGUGGGAAUGCUUUAAUGGACACGGACUAUGUUGUCGGAGCAAAUACAUCUACCCCUUGCUUUGCCAUGAAGUGGCUAAAUGGAAUUUCACCAACCGAUCCAGAGGUCAAUCCAAUUUAUCGGCAACCUGAAGAGUUAAUAGGACUUAGCCCUCAGCUUAUCCUUGUUGGUGGUGGUGAGUUUGCUUUACAGGAAGCGAAAGACUGGGCUACACUUUGCAGAAAGGCGGAUAUCCGGCAUGAGAUUAUCUGCGAAUGGGGACAGUUGCAUAUCUAUGCUCUAGGAUCGGCAUGUAUUGAACCGUCUGUCUAG